AUGCCAACUUCAUUACAGGUCACAUUUCUUUUGACUUUAAUUGUUAGCUCAAAGCCAAUCGAGUGCGGAAUAGUAAGGAACAACAACUCCUCUUCUUGGAAGAAACUGGCGAAAGAGUCUACCACCAUUGACGUUGGCGAGUCGAGUACCAUGACCAAAAGUAGAAGCCAUGUCGUGGCGGACGACAAGAAGAAGAGCUUUGUGUCAGCCACCACAAGAGGCGGCUACAAGAGAGGUUUGGCCAUAUUCGAUUUCCUCCUCCGUUUGGCGGCCAUUGUAACCACUAUCACGGCUUCCUCUGUAAUGUACACAGCCGAGGAGACUCUUCCCUUCUUUACUCAAUUCUUACAGUUCCAAGCCGGUUACGAUGACUUUGCCACAUUUCAGUUCUUUGUGAUAGCCAUAGCCAUCGUCGCCAGCUAUCUCGUCCUUUCACUUCCUUUUUCCAUCGUAACUAUUGUUCGUCCACUUUCCACCUUGCCCCGGCUGAUCCUCCUUAUCUCUGACACCGUGGUCGUGACGCUUACCACAUCAGCGACGGCUGCGACAACUGCAAUUGUCUACCUUGCACAUAACGGCAACCCAAACGCCAAUUGGCUCCCCAUUUGUCAGCAGUUUGGAGACUUCUGCCAGGCCACGAGUAGUGCUGUUGUGGCCGCUUCUAUUGGAAUUGUCUUCUUCAUCCUUCUCAUCAUCAUCUCAGCCAUUGCUCUAAAAAGACAUUGAUAAUAUAUUUUUC